GUCUUCUGUUCUUACUACACACAUUUGAAAUGUAAAAUCGGUUCUGUGGGUAUUUUGAAGUAAUCUCGCUACAGUUUCGUAAUGCCUUUAUGAUCUAAAUAAUUAUGGAGUGUAAGGCGUCAGUCAAUGGGUUCCGAAAAACACUGUCACAUGCAGUUGAUCACUGUGGCCCUACAGCGAAACGCAUUUCCUUAAAGGCAAUUUCUGGACUUCCUUCAGCUUCACAAAUAUUCCAAGACUCAUGCUUGAAGCUUCAGAGGGCAACAAAGGCAGUUUUUCUCAGCGAGCCUGUCGAAUCCACACUAGAGGAGCUUUACAGGGUUAAUAGCUUAUACUAAAUGAUUAUUUUUUUCAAGAAUGUCGAAGAUAUAUGUGCACAAAAAAUGAUUAUGGAAUUGUACUCGAGUCUGAAGGCUAUAUUCAGUGAAUAUGUAGCUGGACUACAACCUGAGUUCUUAAAAUAUCCUUUUUUGUUGACAAGUUCUUGCCAUUUUCCUUCUUUUGUCUUUUUACCUUGACGUUUUGCUUUCACAGUAGGUUUCCAACUCAACGCGGUGGCACACUGUUGGGGAUUAUACUGUAAAAAAAUGCUUCUCAUCAGGAAUAUAUUUCUUUUCAUGGAUAGACAACUUCUUCAGUUAAAUCCUCAGAACUUACAAAUAUGGGAUCUAGCUCUUAAGUUGUUCCGAGAAGAUGUUAUCACUCAGGAGAAAGUUCAAUCCCGUCUGAUGUGUCAAAUACUGGAUGAAAUACAUAAAGAACGAUGUGGAGAAGCUAUUGAUCGACAACUUUUACGUACUGUCAUCAGAAUGUUGGUGGAUUUAAAACUCUAUGAUUCAAUAUUCCUCGCAGAAUUUGUUUGUAAAAGUCAACAACUCUACGCUUAUGAAGCAGAUACCCUAUCUAGACAACUUAGUGUUCCUGAAUAUUUGUUACAUGUGGACAAAAGGAUCAUUGAGGAAGAAGAUAGACUUGUUGUGUAUUUAGAUGCUAAUUCAACUCGUCAUUUGCUUAUGUCAACUCUGGUUUCGGAAUUAUUAACUCGUCCAUUAGACUAUCUACUGGAUAAUGGCUUAGUUAAUCCAUUGAAAACAAAACAAACUUCCCAAUUAUCUUUACUGUUUUCUUUAGUUUCACGAGUUCCCAAUGGUAUAGAAAAAUUGCGGACACAUUUCCGUAAUUAUAUCAUACAAAUGGGUCGUGAAAUGGUGGAAAAUCCAACACACGAUCCUGAAAAAGAUCGCAAUAUGAUCCAAAAUUUAUUAGAUUCACGGGAUUUUCUUUCGGAAAUUACUGUAUCGUGCUUUUCAAAUGAUCCCAGCUUUAUGCGUGUUCUACAAGAAGCCUAUGAAGAGUUUAUCAAUCAACGUCCGAACAAACCGGCUGAGUUUCUAGCUAAAUAUCUUGAUUCUCAUCUUAGAUCUGGAAAUAAAGCACAAACAGAAGAAGAAUUGGACAAGUUAAUGGAUAAGGCUAUGAUUCUGUUCCGUUUCAUCGAUGGAAAAGAUAUAUUUGAAGCAUUUUAUACCAAAGAAUUAGCAAAACGUCUUCUUUUGAAUAAAAGUGCAUCAGUUGAUGCAGAGAAAGCCAUGCUAUCGAAACUUAAACAAGAAUGUGGACCAAACUAUACACGCAAAAUGGAAACAAUGUUUCAGGACAUCGAAUUAAGCAAGCAGUUAAGUAAAAAUUUCCGUUUAUCUUUACCUGAUACUCAUGCGAUCGAGUUAAGCGUAAAUGUGAUUUGUCCAGCAUCUUGGCCACCGUAUCCACAGACAACAGCCAAUUACCCCCCUGAAAUGGUGGCUCUUCGAGAGGAAUUUACGCGCUUCUAUUUAUCCCAUCACCAAGGUCGAAAGCUGAUAUAUGAACCGUCUUUAGGAAUGUGUGUUGUAAAAGCUAUAUUUCCGAUGACACCAAAUCUUCGUAAAGAAUUACAAGUAUCUGAACUACAAGCUUUAGUGUUACUGCAAUUCAAUCAAUCAGAUAAUGCUCCUAUUACUUAUACAACGAUAGCUGAAAAUACUGGUAUCGAAGAAAAAGAAUUGAAACGAACAUUACUUUCAUUAGCUGCUGGUAAAGGACAACGUGUUUUGAAAAAAACUCCUGGUAAUUUAGAGAUUGAAAACGAUCAUCAGUUUGUUUUCAAUACCGAAUUUCAUCAUCGACUUACGCGUAUCAAAUUCAAUCAGGUUCAACUAAAAGAAACUGAACAAGAACAAGUGGCUACUGAAGAACGGGUGUUUGCUGAUCGUGUUGCUCAUGUAGAUUGUUGUAUUGUACGAAUUAUGAAAACGCGUAAAACUAUUGACCAUAAUUCAUUAUUAUCAGAAGUCUACAAGCAAUUACAGUUUCCACUUAAAGCAAGUGAUGUGAAGAAACGUAUCGAAAACUUAAUUGAACGAGAUUAUAUGAAAAGGGACUCCAGUAACGCUGCCACUUAUCAUUAUGUGUCCUAAGUAAACGUCGCCCAUUUACUUUGGGGAAAGUAUUGCUUUUUCCCCAAAAAUUAAGAUGUAUAUGACAAUUCUGUUAUUGUUUCAAGUUAACGUUACUGAUGCACUGCGUUCCAGACAGUUGUGUGAGCUAAGCUCUAAAAGAACUACUUGCUACCUUUCUCUUUUUGUACAGCAGAUUAUGUUAUACCAUUUGACCUUCACUUUUUUUAAAAACUAGUAACAAUCUAUCAUGUUCAUGUCAUUGUUCUUCGUGUGCGUGUUUGUUCUUUAAGAAACUAUUGGUCUUUUCAACUGCUUUUUGCUCAUACUCCUCGGUUGACAAACUAUGAGCAUCUGACUGAAUAUUAUAGAAAUGGAAAAAAAACUUUCGACCAGACAACUCAUCUACAUUUCAUGUUUCCUUUCUUACUACUGCUAUCUUUAUCCAAAUUUGGUCGCAAACAAUGAGAACGCUGGUCAAGAAAAUCGUGUUAUCGAAUAUUUUUAAAUUUCAUGUUUACCAAUUGGGAUAAUAUUUUCCCGUCCAUUCACUAUCAUUAUGCAUAUCACUGUAUUAAGUGCUAGACGUUGUAAUGAAAGUUGUCUACAUAGGUUGCCGACUUCUAUUUAAACAGUUCCUAUUUUGUGAAAGCUAAUGGGACUACUCCAUUGACAAACCUGUGACGUAAUAAAUAAGAGCUGAACGUUCGGUGAUAAUAUACACGUGCAUACAAUAAUUGCUGAU